GAUCCCUGAAACACCUUCGCCAUCACAGGGACAAUGUGGAAGAGGAGGGCGUACAAAUGGUGCGGACCUACCCAAAGGUGACUGAAGGCCAAAUGGACGUGAGCACACAGACGGAACCUGUGGUGGUUCUCUCUCUAGCUCAGGCCGCCGUUCUCGGACUCAUCUCUCAAAACGAAAUUUUCGGGGCCACAAUUGCUCCGAAUGGCUUUUACACAGGGGAGUCCAAAGAGGGUCCGCCUCCCCCGGCGGAGGCCAUGGAGUACGAGUACACCGACCAGCUGAUAGGCGCCAACGGGGACUACCUGCCUGAGCCGGCUGGGGAACCGCAGCCUCAUGGUGAGAGGAGACGCGGGAGGACCAAGAGACCCCGGAGCGACGGAGAGGUAGUGGCUUACCCGCCCAAAGCACCAGAGGUGAAAGGUGAACUGACUGAGGCGGAUGCUUGUGCUCACUUGAACAACAAGCGUAGCCCUGCCGAGCAAGAGGAUCCCAUCGCCAUCCGACAAGGUUCUCUGAAGGAGGAGCAGCUGUGCGGAAACUGUCCUUCAUGUGUGAGAGGAGCACAGGGAGAAGGAGAAGAGGAACACUCUGGUAGGAACAGGAAGGAAGAGCCAGAAGAGGAGGCUCUAAAUCUUAAGACCAGUGGGGAAACUGCUGAACCUCCGGAGAACAAAUAUUAUGAACCUAACGAGGCGGCUUAUGAGCCCGCUGAUAUGACGCUGCCGAGGGAGUUUGAAGAGAACGGUCAGGCCAUGCUGUGGUCCGACCCGGAGGGACUCGCCAGGCGAAUGCAAAUCGACCGACUGGACAUUAACGUGCAGAUUGACGAGUCUUACUGCGUAGACGUGGGGGAGGGUCUAAAACGCUGGAAGUGCCGAAUGUGCGAGAAGUCGUACACGUCUAAAUACAACCUGGUCACGCACAUCCUGGGCCACAACGGAAUUAAGCCACACGAAUGUAUCCACUGCGGGAAGCUCUUCAAGCAGCCGAGCCACCUGCAAACUCACCUGCUGACCCACCAGGGAACUCGGCCCCACAAGUGCACCGUGUGCGAGAAGGCCUUCACGCAGACCAGCCACCUGAAGAGGCACAUGCUGCAACACACCGACGUCAAGCCCUACAGUUGCCGCUUCUGCGGCCGCGGCUUCGCCUACCCCAGCGAGCUGAGGACCCACGAGAGCAAGCACGAGAACGGGCAGUGCCACGUCUGCACGCAGUGUGGCAUGGAGUUCCCCACGUACGCGCACCUCAAGCGUCACCUGAGCAGCCAUCAGGGCCCCACCACGUACCAGUGCACCGAGUGCCACAAGUCCUUCGCUUACCGCAGUCAGCUGCAGAACCACUUGAUGAAGCACCAGAACGUACGGCCUUACGUCUGCCCAGAGUGCGGCAUGGAGUUUGUGCAGAUCCAUCACCUGCGGCAACACGCCCUGACUCACAAGGGCAUGAAAGAGUUCAAGUGUGACGUGUGUGCCAGAGAGUUCACCCUGUCUGCCAACCUAAAGAGACACAUGCUGAUCCAUGCCAGCGUGCGGCCCUUCCAGUGCCACGUCUGCUUCAAGACCUUUGUCCAGAAGCAGACCCUAAAGACGCACAUGAUCGUCCAUUUGCCUGUCAAGCCGUUCAAAUGCAAGGUGUGCGGUAAGUCUUUCAACCGAAUGUACAACCUCCUGGGCCACAUGCACCUCCACGCCGGCAGCAAGCCUUUCAAAUGCCCUUACUGCAGCAGCAAGUUCAACCUGAAGGGCAACCUCAGCCGACACAUGAAGGUCAAACACGGCGUCACGGACGCCACCACAGAAGCACACGAGCCGCCUCAGGACGCAGAAAGUCAGGAGAACUACGAGGAGGAGAGCUUUGAAUUCAGCGAGCGAGAGAACCGGGCAAUCAACAACAACAACAACACAAACACAGCAGAUGUUGCUAAAGUGUCUCCAAUGGAGUAUUACAGCACCUAUGGGAAGGGAACAGCGCGGUGCAGCACUGCAUGAGUUAAUUUUUUUUUUUUUUUUUUCAAAGAGCUUGUGUUGUUCUUCAAGCUAAACUGCACAUUCAAAUGCACUGGACUUAAGAAAUGACUCAUUUUCCAAUUACACUCACUGGUUCCAAUUAGUUACACCCAACAUAAGGUAGGAGUGUUCAAAGUGUGGACAAAUACAACUGCUGCUUCCCCUAAUUAACCCCAAAAUUAUUGUCUGCUCAAACCAAACACAGUUUACUCCCGCUCACCUUAAAAGCAACUCAUUCCGCCUUUGGCGUAACUUAAAGGGGCCGUUUGCAACCCUUACGCGGCUGCCUAGGGGGCGCUAACGUUCCAAUGUGUUUUAAGUAGGGAUGUCCUCAUUAACAUUUUUGGCCUCGGAAAAGAUCCGAUUUCGAGUCCCGAUCCCAUAUUUAGAUAAUAGUUUAUAUAUUUUUAUAGCAAGCGAGUAACUUGAGUAAACACAAUUUAUAAAGCUUAUCUUAUUACAUUUCUAGUUGAAAGUGCACAAUAACAAAAGCAACAACUACUAUUGGCUGUGUUUGUAAACAAUAAUAACCCAAACAUAUUUAAUAAUAAAAACAAGAAAAAGAAAAAUAUUGACCUAAUCAUUUAGCAUUUAUAUGCUAUACUGAGAUUGGCUCCAGCGACCCCGAAAGGGACAAGUGGUAGAAAAUGGAUGGAUGGAUGCUAUACUAGGUAUCGAUAGUAUCGACAUCUGGAUCGACCACCCCUACUUUAUGGUAAAGCUUUAGCUGUUAGCUUCUUAUGUCGUAUGCAUGCUUAGCCAUGAUACUCGGAAGUAAAUUAGUUGAAUUUCUGCCCUGGUGGUAAGGAUUAGUAUUUUAGAAGCGGCUUCGCACUGUAAAUAGACAACGCUUGCUCUCAAAUUGGAGCCUGUGUUCUGGCAAGACAUGCCCCCCUCCUGGAAUUCAUGCAACUCCUGCGUGUGUGUAAGAAGGAAUAUAGAAAUGCAAUGGUGUCUCCCGGAGUGUGCGUCUAUUUUGAAGGAGUAUUUUGCGCGAGUAUAAUCGUUAGCCGUGUAAACACUAGAACACAGAUGAGGUAAAGAUCCCCCAUAAAUUUUAAAAAGUAAAAUUUUAUCCCCCGAUCCUUGGUUUGUUUUUUUUAAGCAUAGGCUGCCCUGAUACAGCUUUUAGCAGGCAAUGACGUAAAACUUUGUGUGUUGUUAGCUACUAAAAGGCCGACCGACGUUUGCUAUCACUAUCUAGGAAUACAUGUGCAAAAUCCACUGUUUUAAUGGACACUAAAUAAAUUGAUCGGAUCAUGACGUGCAUAUUCAUGAAUAAAUUAGCUGGGCUUGA